AUUAGUCGAUUUCCCACACUGCAAGUGAAUUACAGAGAAAAGAAAGAAAGAAAAAUUAAAUUAAACAAAUAAAAUUAAACAAAAACGUAAAAACGCCAUGAGUGGCUCUAGAAAUUUUUUGGAUGCUGACAACAGUCUGAUGGAAAGAAAUUUGCGUUUUAUAAAGAAUGAUUUUGAAGAAAAUUUAAGCCAAUACUUCUCAUCUGGGCCUGUAAGUGGGGCAAAUGACAAUUAUGGAAAUUCUACUUCAUCCUCAUCUAAUUCAGCACCUCCACGAGAAUAUAGAGUGGUACAACCAACACCAGGAUUCUGCAUUAAAAGCUUCAAAGUAAAUACCAACGAGAAGUAUUUCAUCAAUGUCUGUCAAACCGAAGAAAUUCCACCACCCGAAGACAUUACUGAAACUGAACUUACGGAAAUUUUAAAUUCCGACGAACCAAGUUCUUAUCGCAUACCAAUGAGCAUUUCUGAGCCUCGAGUUACCAAAGAUAAAUCUGAUAAUCCUGUCGAUGCUGUGGAUUUUGCCGUAAAUCCAAAAUUUUUUGCCAAAAUCGAAAAGUCGAUACUUUUUCGUGAUUUCUUUUUGGUUUUGAUUGCCGAAGCCUUAAGCGAAAAAUAUAAUGUGCAAAUUAAAGUUGAUAAGGCAAUCAUUCUUACUAAACGCAAAUUUAUUGGUACUUUGGUCUCACAUCGUGUGCGCAAUAAUGAUGUAAAAAAUGUACUGAGCUCUUAUCGCAAUCCUUCUAAGGAUGAUCUUAGUAAAUUGAAAUCACUUGAAGGUGGCCAGAAGCAGUUGGUUCAAGAAAUCAAUGCAAAUGAAGUGAAUGCAUUAAGGAAGCAAUCCGAACAACUUAAACAGCAAGAAUCAGUGCGUAUCAAACAGGAAAUUUCGCAGGCUUCUUCAACAGUUCCAGACUAUAAAUUAAGAGCACGUAUCAAAGACGAGGAGGUUGAGGAGGUACAAGCCGAAUUCUUUUUGCCAAAAUGUAUUUCGUCCCAGGAAAUCACUUUGGACAUUGGCGAAGAUCGUAUUCUGUUGGAAUCUAUGAAACAUGGUUAUCUUUUUGAUAAGUUUGUCAACUAUCGGCUAAACCAGGAAAGAGCACGCGCAAUAUUUGAUAAGACUAAUAAGAUGCUUCAAAUACGCAUUCCUGUUAUAUCGGCUUAAUAAACAUAUGUAUAUCUUAAUAAAAAUAGCUCUUAAAAAUAAAAAGGUCCAAAAAUUAA